GGUGAUCAGCUGUCGGCGGGGUUAAACGCAAAGAGAUAGAAACGCGGCAGUCAGAGCGACUUUCACGCGCUCUGCUGCUCCAAACUGACUUGUGGGGAGGGGGGAAACCUGUCCGCGGCUCUGUGUCUUUGUGGGCCGGGUCAUGACACUUCAGAGGUGGGGCUCCUUCAGUAAGCUCGCAGCUGGAUUUGUCUUUCUAGCAUCCCGGAGGCUGGCACUUCUCCCUAACUAUAAGCACGUGUGUGCGUUCAGUCAGUGUGCAGCUAACAUGGCAGAGGAGGCGAAGAAGCUGGCUGCUUACGCCGCCGUGGAUAACCAUGUCCAGAACAACCAGGUGGUUGGAGUGGGCAGUGGGUCGACCAUUGUCUACGCUGUGGACAGAUUAGCGGAGAGAGUGCGUCAGGAGAAACUCAAUAUUGUGUGUGUUCCCACCUCCUUUCAGGCUCGUCAGCUGAUUCUGCAGCAUGGCCUCACUCUGUCAGAUCUGGACAGGCACCCCGAGCUGGACGUGGCGAUCGAUGGAGCAGAUGAAGUGGACGGGGACCUCACGCUGAUAAAAGGUGGAGGUGGUUGCCUGACGCAGGAGAAAAUUGUAGCCGGCUGUGCUAAACAUUUUGUCGUCAUUGCCGACUACAGGAAGGACUCCAAAGCUCUGGGCCAGCAGUGGAAGAAAGGAGUUCCCAUUGAAGUCAUCCCCAUGGCGUAUGUUCCUGUCUCCAGGAUGGUAGCCAAGCGUUUCGGAGGCGAGGCUAACUUACGGAUGGCUGUCAACAAAGCAGGUCCUGUGGUCACUGACAAUAGCAACUUCAUCCUGGACUGGAAGUUUGAGCAUGCUCAGAACUGGAAGGAAGUCAACACUGCCAUCAAGAUGAUCCCAGGUGUGGUAGAGACCGGGCUCUUCGUGGGCAUGGCUGAAAGGGCCUACUUUGGCAUGGAGGAUGGAAGCGUGCAGAUUCGGGAUCCUCCAGUCAACUGACGAGUUCACCAUGAACGGCGUCAUCUCUCUCUCUCUCUCUACUCCUCUUCUGAAUGACCUCACCGCUCCCACAAGUGCCAUAGUCUUGAUUUAUUCCAGGUGUCAUACUGUGUUCGGCCUGAGCUGCACCUCCUGCAAAGCAAGAAGGUUUUCACAAAUCUCAGCAGGGUCCGCAUUGAUGAUCACUUGGUUUUUCUCAUCUUGCAGGUGGUGCUUCUGUGUUUUUAAAGUGCCUGAUGAGUAAAAUCAAGUAUGUCUUCCUUAUUUUGCAGCGUUCCCCAGUUUGGCUUCCUGGUCACACUGGGAAUGUUGUUUUUUUUUUUUUUUUUUUUUUUUUCCCUGUAAUUUGUGGGUUUGACUGAAUGUCUGCAGAGUUGUGGAAUCACUGCAGUGCUGCGCAGUCAGACUGAGGUGUGCCUUGAGGUUAAAAAAAAGACACUAUUAAAGGUACAUUAAAAAAUUAUAAUGAUGCCUGCUGUUGGAGGAAUAGCAUGAACUAAUGAAUAUACUGAUUUACACAGCAAGAGGCUCCAGAAUUAAGGAUAAGUGCAGGCAGGAAAUCUGUUACUGUGUUAAGAUGCACAACAUGAGACGGUACAAAGGUGGGUUGUAAUGAAUAUGUCCUUGUUGAAGUAGACGCCAACAAAACAACACAAGCUAUUACCUUUGUGACAUCAUAUUGAUACAUUUCCAUCGUCUAUCCUGCUGUUGCAGGUUUGCUUAUAUUCCAUACUAGAAGCUACCCUUGUUCCAGAUCAAACGGGUAUAAAAUCAUGUCCGCAUUUCUGGAUGUUGACGUGGAAACGAGUCCGUUGUGUCAUAACACUGUUUAAAGUGACUUCAGCCGAGCUUCAUUUCACUGAUGAGUAGGAACCAGUGAUCGGGCUUCCUGUCCUGAAUGAAGACACACAUUUGUGGUUUCCUGAGUUUCAACACCUGUUUCUGUAAAGUUAGACUAAUCAUUGAGGUUAGUUUAAGAAAAAAACAGAUCUAUUUUAAGAAUUCAGUGCAUGUAUACGUCUUCUUCCACUGUGUCAGUUCUUUUUGUGCCUGUAAAUCACUUGUGUGAGAGUUACUCAUCCUUUACACAAGCCGUCUGGCCGCAGAACGCCUUGUGCCAUGGUAUAAAACAACUUUAUGGUCAUGGUGAUGGACAGCUGUGAUAUAGAAGCAUUGCAUUUAACUUUGACCUGAUGUAGCUCGUGGUUCUAAGGUGAUUCUGUAUGCCUUCAUAGCUCGGUUGGUAGCAUGCAGUCUGUCCCUUGAAAAAAUGAUCCAUUAUGUCAUUCUGUGGCCAAGUUACUGUCUCUGUAUGUAUGCAUCAACCAUAACAUGUUUUUCUUAUGGUUUUAGAUUGCAGCUAUUCUCUGUACUUUAGACUC